UAAAAUCAUUUAAUUUAAACCAUGUUUUCCUCCUCUUUGAACUCCUCUAUAUUGACGAAUCUAUCUUCAACAAUAAAUACUGUAGUCGGCAAUCUUCACGCUACUCACUCACUUUGAACAGUUCUCACAUUUUCGUCUCCCCAUUCUUCUCCGCCGCACCUGUUCCUACCCAAAUGACGACAUCCAUGUUGGCAUAUCUGGCUCGCAGAACCCCAUCCACUGGCGCGUCGUACCUCACGCGCCGGGGAUUCGCAUCGGACUCCGCACCGGUCAGGAAAGUCGCUAUUUUAGGUGCAGCCGGAGGGAUCGGACAGCCUUUGUCACUUUUAAUGAAGCUUAACCCUUUAGUUUCCAGACUUGCGCUUUAUGAUAUUUCUGGCACUCCCGGUGUUGCUGCUGAUGUCAGCCAUAUCAACACCAGAUCUGAGGUUUUGGGUUUUGCAGGAGAAGAACAGCUGGAGAAGGCUUUGAAGGGAGCUGAUGUUGUCAUUAUUCCGGCUGGUGUGCCACGAAAGCCUGGUAUGACCCGUGAUGAUUUGUUCAACAUUAAUGCUGGUAUUGUUAAAUCUCUUUGUGGAGCCGUUGCAAAGUAUUGCCCUCAUGCACUUGUUAAUGUGAUCAGCAACCCCGUGAAUUCCACUGUCCCAAUUGCAUCUGAGGUGUUCAAGAAGGCUGGAACCUAUGAUGAAAAGAGACUUUUUGGAGUGACCACACUUGAUGUUGUUAGGGCAAAAACUUUCUACGCUGGAAAAGCUAAAGUUAAUGUUGCUGAUGUCAAUGUCCCCGUGGUUGGUGGUCAUGCUGGAGUAACUAUUCUCCCGCUAUUUUCCCAAGCCACUUCAAGUGCAAACUUGGCAAAUGAAGAAAUUGAGGCACUCACCAAGCGUACCCAAGAUGGUGGCACUGAAGUUGUGGAGGCUAAGGCUGGAAAGGGUUCAGCCACCCUCUCGAUGGCCUAUGCUGGUGCCAUAUUCGCUGAUGCUUGCUUGAAGGGACUGAAUGGGGUUCCAGAUGUUGUGGAGUGUUCAUUCGUACAGUCAACUGUGACAGACCUUCCAUUCUUUGCAUCCAAGGUGAGACUUGGGAAAAAUGGUGUGGAGGAAGUCCUAGGAUUAGGCGCACUUUCAGACUACGAGAAACAAGGUCUUGAAGCUCUUAAACCAGAGCUGAAGUCGUCCAUUGAGAAGGGAAUCAAAUUUGCUAAUGCCUGAUUAAACGAAAAAAAUGAUACUUCUCAGGUUCCCCAGUUCCAAUUUUGGAUACAUCGAGUGAUUGGGUUAAUCUUUCACGAGUUCCUUGCUGCCUGAGGCAUUAGAUUUAGCUGUUAUAAUCGAAGAGCGUAGAGCGUAGAGCGUAGACGUUAGAUAUACCAUAUCUUUGUAGAAAAUAAUCAUUGGCAGACUUGUGAUGGGUGCAUUUUCCUUCAAUAAUAUACAGCGUUAAACCUGCUACUACAUGCAUGUGAUUUGUAUUCUACUAUUCUUCAGUGGGAAAUGCAAUAUAAGAACCUGCAACGAAAGAAAUUCUAUACCCCUCCUUGAGGGAAGUUGCAGUUGGAUUGA